GAGAGAUGCUCUUUGCAGCAAACAGGGACGCGCGCCUUUGCAAAAAAACCCCUGGGGGGGAAAAAGCAGUGCGUGAGAUCUUGCAAGCAAGUGGAAGGGAGAGGGGAAGCACUUCUCGACCCUUUUACACAUUCCCCACGCACACCUUCAAAGACCCACACACAUCCACACACGUUGCACACAAGGCGGUGUUUUUCCGCUGGAGGCGAUUUAGCAAAGGUUAGGCAGCAAUCCUUGCCAGGCACGAUCCGCAAAGCGGCAGGUCUCCGGAAGGUGGCUGUUAACUACAUCACCCAGCAUCCCUGGGUCGGGGAUCAGGGGGUUGAGAACCCUGCGGGAGCUAGUUAUCAAUCAAUCAAUUGAUUGAUUAAUUGAUUGAUUUCUAGAUUUUUUUAAAAUUUGAUUUCUAUGCCGCCCUUCUCCGGAGACUCAGGGUGCGUUAAGCAAUAGCCUUCAUACUUUUGUAUAUUUAUACAAAGUCAGCUUAUUGCCCCCACAAACUGGGUCUUCAAUUUACCUACCUUAGAAAGGAUGGAAGGCUGAGUCAACCUUGAGCCUGGUGAGGUUCGAACUUACAGUAAUUGCAGGCAGCUGGUGUUAAUCACAAUGCUAUCAGUCUGCUGAGCCACCAGGCCCUUUGAUAGUUAGCUAGUUGGAAAUGAAUGAAUCUAUCUAUCUAUCUAUCUAUCUAUCUAUCUAUCUAUCUAUCUAUCUAUCUAUUAUUAUUUAUUUAUUAGUUUGAUUUAUAUGCCGCCCUUCUCCGGAGACUCAGGGCGGCUUACAAUGCUUUUAAGCAAUAGCCUUCAUACUUUUGUAUAUACCUGCUUAGUAGGGCUUUCAGGGGCCCCCCUAAGUGGUGUUCUAUUUUAUACAAAGUCAGCUUAUUGCCCCCACAAACCGGGUCCUCAUUUUACCUACCUGGAAAGGAUGGAAGGAUGAGUCAACCUUGAGCCUGGAGGUGAAGGAAGCUGGUCAUGAGACAUAAAAUAAUGACGGAGAAAGGGAAAAAUCCAGAUGCAAAAUCCGAAAGAGAAUUGCAAGAAGGCCUCAAAGCCGGGGUGACCCAAGAGAAGGCAGCAAGAACAACGAAAGACCUCCAAGCUGGGAAUGCAGAAGGUUUUGCAAAAAUGGGGGGCUCCAGAUCAGCCAAGAGUGAGGCAGGAGAUCGGCGGUUGAAAUAUUUGGAUCCCCGGGCAGCUUUGAAGGCAAUGCAGUCCUCCAAGCAGGAGGAACUGAUUUCUGAACCAUGGGAGAAUGCCAAGGCCUGCCUGGCUUCCUUGGAAGGAGCAGCUGAAACCUAUUGGAGAUACAAAGGACUGGUGGAUCUCAGCAGAGAAACUCAAAGGGAGAAUGAACAAACCAAUGCUGCCAAGAUGGACGACUACUGGAAGGUGGGCGAGGAUGUCCUGAGAGAGGACUCGGCGGCCACUGACACCCAGCGAACCCUUUUCAGAGACUUCUGUUACCGAGACGCUGAGGGUCCCCGUGAGGCCUGCAGCCGUCUCUGGUACCUCUGCCACCGGUGGCUGAAGCCGGAGAGGCACACCAAGGAGCAGAUCCUGGAGCUGGUGAUCCUGGAGCAGUUCCUGGCCAUCCUGCCCUCCGAUCUCCAGAGGUGGGUCAAGGCUGCCGGGCCUCACACUUGUGACCAAGCGGUGGCCCUGGCUGAAGGCUUUACCUCAGGACGGCCACAGGAGGGACCAGGUUUGGUGCAGGAGGUGGCUGUGGGGUUCUCCACGGCUGAGCGGCCUCUGUCAGGGGCUGGAGAGAGACAAGCCAGUGCCGUCGAGGUCAAGCAGGAGCAGGAUGGUGAUAGCGAUUCAGAAGAUGACAAGUGGGUGAUUGAGACGAGGCAAGGGGAUCUCCAGUUGGAAGACACCGAGCCAGUGAAAUUGUGUGGGCCCUCCUUGCAAGAACCUUAUUGGUCCGAAGAAGAUGGAGAUGCAGCUCUUGGGGAUGGAGCUGACCAGAAGAAUGAGGACAACCCAGGUCAAAACAGACCUGAAGGGCUUCCUCUAGCAGAAGAAGACGGGGACUCAAGUCAACCUGUUAUGGUCCAAAGACGGCACAGAAGUCGAGAAAAGAAGACCUGUGCCGUGUGCGGCAAGACUUUCAGCCGGAGCACGGUGCUCGCUGCCCAUCAGAGGACCCACACGGGCGAGAAGCCAUUCAUGUGCCAGAAUUGUGGGAAAUGCUUCAGCUUCAAGUCCACUCUGGUUGCCCACGAAAGGACCCACACGGGAGAGAGGCCUUACACCUGUGAUCUGUGUGGGAAGAGCUUCACCGUCAGCUCAGUCCUCACCAGGCAUUACCGAGUCCACAUCGAAAAGAAACUCUUCAGCUGCUCCGAGUGUGACAAGAGCUUCACUCAGAAAUCUCAGUUGCUCAACCAUCAGAAGAUCCACGUGAGGGAAAAGCCGUUCAAAUGUGCCCAGUGUGGAGAAGGUUUCAGCCGGAGCUCCAGCCUCAAGAAACACGAGGGCUCCCACACGGGGGAGAAACCCUUCAAAUGCCCCGAUUGCGAGAAAUCCUUCAACACGUCUUCCCAGCUGGUCAAGCACCACCGAGUCCACACCGGGGAGAGGCCCUACACAUGUUCGGAGUGUGGGAAGAGCUUCAGCCAGUGGCAGAUCCUGAUGGUGCACCAAAGGACCCACACGGGCGAGAAACCCUUCAAGUGCGCCACCUGCGGGAAAUGCUUCUCCGAUCGGGCUGUCCACAUUCGCCACCAGAAAGUCCACACAGGGGAGAGGCCUCAUCAGUGCCCCACUUGCGGGAAGAGGUUCACCCACCGCACCGUCUUGGUGAAGCACCAGAAGAUCCACGCCCGAGAAGCUCUGAACCUAGCCAAAUUGCAAGAUGAGCAGCAACGACACGAGGAAACUUCAUAAAAGUUUGCAAGACGGGACGAAUGCUCAACUUUGAAGGAUACCGACGGGCGACGCUCUUCCCUGAGCCUUCCCUACCUUUUUUGGCUUCCAGAUGCGUCAAGACCCAUGGUCUUCCUGGCUUAAAAACAGAUGGGAGUUGCAGUCCAAUAAAGGAACUGGGUUGGCUUGAUAGCACAGGAUUCUGCUGUAUUGUGCAAAGAUGUAUAUGUAUCAGAUAAUCAGUAUGUCUACAACAGAGGUCUUCAAACAUGGCAUAGCUUGCUGGAGAAUUCUGGGAGUUGAAGUCCACAAGUCUUAAAGCUGCCAAGUUUGAAGACCUCUGGUCUACAAUCACACCGUGGCAAACGGUCACUUUCCCAGGGCUGAGCAUGAUGGGUUAGGCAACACUUUCUUUGACACACGUGGGGAUCCUCCAGUGGGCCUACUCCUCCACCACUCCCCAGUCCCCUCAUCUUCCAUGUUGUGACUGUCUCUGUGUAUGCACUUUUGUCUUCCUGAUAAAAGUUGCCGGCGUUGUUGUCGAGUCUUGGCAAAGUCAACUUUUUCAAGAUCUACUUUAGCUAUGCACUACAGUGAUAAAGAAAGCAGUUCAUGAGGACAGAUUAAGCCCCUCCCAUUUGUGCACAGACAUCAACUAGUAGUAGAUAAUGUAUCCGAUAGAGAAGCAUCCUGUUUUAAUUCAAUUCCCCAUCACAAUGUUAUUGUUUUUUUGCCACUGUUCUUUGGUUGUUGGUCCCCACGUUUCUGAUUUUGGACACCAACAUGCUGUUGUGUUUCUGUAUUAUAAGGAUAAGAGGAUAAUGUAUAUCACAAAAACGGAUUAAAGCAAAAAUUAGAAGUGCCUCAUAA